AUGGCUUCUCCGCCAGACCGCCCCCCACCAGACCUCUGCCUGCUCCGCAAACCGUCGCCGCACUCGAACCCAGCGUCGGCCGUUCUGGCAGCGGUGCGGGGACGGCUGGACGCGGCGGCGGCUGAGCCGUUGCCGUCGCGGCGGGGUCGCCCUUCGCCACCUCGUCCGCGGCGAACGGCCCCGCAGUCUCCCUACUACUUGCCGCCCACUCAGUCGCUGGGGCUGAGAGAUCUGCGGCUGAGGCGCUUGUCGGCAUCGGCCGGCGCAAGCACAUCGCACCAUGCCCGCUCCGCCGCUGACGGCGGAUCUGUGGUCGGCGACGCAAACGCACAGGCUGGCUGUGAUCUGGCGGCGGUGGUCGACACGGCGCAUGCAUCGCUGGCGGCAACCACAGACUGGCCGCGUAAGCAGUAUGAAGUCCUCCACGAUGACAGCGAUCCGUUCCGGGUCUCGGACCCGUGCAACGAUCCGCCGCCGCCGCCACCGCCGCAGCUGAGCACCUCGUUCUGCGAUGGCGGCGACGGCACUGGUGAGAGCGCUGGCGAUGGCACUGGCGAGAGCGCGACUAAGGCCAGCGACACCGACGAGUACGAGUAUGAGUACGAGUAUGACGAUGCGCCAGCUUCGCAUGCCUCGGACCAGCUGCUUCUCAUGCCUGGCGGCGAUGUCAACACCCAGUUCUUCGACGCGCUUUUUCGCAGCAAGCAGGCCGGGCCGCGCAGCGAGUACUCGUACUACACUCACGACGACGUGCCGCGCCGCCCGCGCGCUGACUCGAGCGCCGCGCUCCGCGCCGAGCUUCGCGCUCAUUCCCGCCACCCCAAGGCGCUCACUGCAGUCCGACGGCGGCGACAACUGGCAAUUGCUGCCCUCUUGCGCGAGCCACGGAGCCCCAAAGUCGUUGCCGAGGUCCGGUCGGCACUGCCUGCAGCACCGCGCCGUGCCGCGUCCGAGUCGCCGUCCCGGCACGCCCCGCCGGCCUCGCCGCCGGCCCGAGUCAACCUCUCGAUGUAUGACUUUUCUCGCGAGGUCGGUGAGCAGUUUGUCGGGCUCGGCUCCGGCGACGAGGACGAUGCGUCCGGGCGACUCACCGGUCUUGACACCUCUGCAGUGAGUGAGCUCACCGACGGCCUUGCGUUCUCAGACUCGUCACAGUGGGCAGUCCGCGGCGCGCUGCCGCGUGGCACCUACCUUCCGGGCUACGUUGAGGUCGAUGCAAGCAAUCCGGUGACCACCAUCAACAAGUCGAUGGCCAUGUCUCGCUCGCCGUCACUGCGCACGCUCGGGGCCGAGCCCAAUGCCGUGGAGGCUGUCGAGCUCCCGCGAACAACGGCCAAUGCAGCCAAGGCGCUUAUCUCGGCCUCUGGUGCCAACUGCCGCGCCGCGCUUGACCUCCCUGGCUCGACGCUCGUCCAUGGCGUGUGGGAGACGCUCGCCAUCGAGUCCGAGUCCGAGGCCGCCGCCGCUCUGGGCGCCGAAGAUCCGGAUGCCGCAGAGACCAUCGAGUCAGCUUGCGUCAUCCUCCUUCGCAUGCAUGUCGUCCGCAAGGCUGCUGCCGUUUACAUCGGCCUACUCCCUGUCACCUACGAGUCGACGCCGCGGACGCUGGUCGCCGAAACCGCGUCGACGCUCGACUUUGCCGACAAGGCCGUGGUAGGCUCGUUCAACCUCUCGCUCGAGCACUGCGAGACGCACGACCCCAAGGUCCAGUGGUUCCAGCUCCCGUCGCACCGACUCUCGCACUACCUCCGCCUUCGGUUCAUCGGCGUCCACCAAGUGGUCUCGCCCGACGGCCCGUUCCACCAGCUCGCGCUUCUCCGCGUUGUUGCCGGGCGUGGCAGUUGACCCGGUGAAUGCGCCCCCAAGAGUUGCCUCCAUCCCCC